GGUGUGCAAAUGCCCAGGUGAAUGAAGCUGCACGUGAUAUCGGGCUUGGCGGCGUGGUUUCCCGAUCGUCACCGUGAGAAGGCGAACGAACAACGUCAACACACGCGCCUCUACAACUACGCUCACUCGAAAGUUACCAACACAAGCUGAAGAUCGCUGUCAUCACCGCCAUAAAGCUCCGCGCACAAAGGCCGACUCCCAGGGAAAUUCGCAACCAUGGCUGACGCCGCUGUGGAGAACCCGCACAACACAGUACCCCCUCACAAGAAGCAGCUCCCCUCAUCGAUACCGAAUUUCGAUACGCUGGAGGGCUUCAGCACGGACGGACAGGAUGACUACUCGACCUUCAAGAAGCUCCAGCGACAGCUAGAGUACAUCCACCUCCAGGAAGAGUAUAUCAAGGACGAGCAGCGGAGUCUGAAGCGGGAGCUGGUGCGCGCACAAGAGGAGAUUAAGCGCAUCCAGAGCGUACCGCUUGUCAUAGGCCAGUUCAUGGAGGCGAUAGACCAGAACACCGGCAUCGUACAGUCAUCAACCGGCUCGAACUAUGUCGUCCGCAUCCUUUCCACCCUCGAUCGCGAGCUGCUCAAGCCUUCUUCCUCGGUCGCUCUUCACCGCCAUUCGAAUGCCCUAGUAGACAUCCUCCCCCCGGAAGCGGAUUCCUCCAUUGCCAUGCUUGGCCAAGACGAGAAGCCCGAUGUCACAUACGCAGAUGUCGGAGGUCUGGACAUGCAGAAGCAGGAGAUCCGGGAAGCUGUCGAGCUUCCGCUGACACACUUCGACCUGUACAAGCAGAUCGGUAUCGACCCACCGCGCGGUGUUCUGCUCUACGGGCCCCCAGGAACCGGAAAGACAAUGUUGGUGAAGGCCGUGGCCAAUAGUACAACGGCAUCGUUCAUUCGUGUGGUCGGCUCGGAGUUCGUGCAGAAAUAUCUAGGAGAAGGCCCACGCAUGGUGCGUGACGUGUUCCGCAUGGCGCGAGAGAACUCCCCGUCUAUCAUCUUCAUCGAUGAGAUCGACGCUAUCGCUACGAAGCGUUUCGACGCGCAGACCGGUGCCGACCGCGAAGUCCAGCGUAUCCUCCUCGAGUUGCUCAACCAGAUGGACGGUUUCGAUCAGACGUCGAACGUGAAGGUCAUCAUGGCGACCAACCGUGCCGACACGCUCGACCCCGCGCUGCUCCGACCAGGUCGUCUCGACCGAAAGAUCGAGUUCCCGUCGCUGCGAGAUCGUCGUGAGCGCCGUCUCAUCUUCGGCACCGUUGCCAGCAAGAUGAGCUUGUCUCCCGAGGUCGACCUUGACAGCUUGAUCGUGCGGAACGAUCCGUUGUCGGGUGCUGUCAUUGCGGCGAUCAUGCAGGAGGCGGGUUUGAGGGCUGUGCGGAAGAACAGAUACAACAUCAUUCAGAGUGAUCUGGAAGAGGCGUACACCAGCCAGGUCAAGGGCGCGACGGAGGCGGACAAGUUCGAUUUCUACAAGUAGGCGUGUGGAGAUUGAUGACGAGCGGGAGGAGAUGCUUGCGCUGUGUACACUAUGAUAGAAGCCUCGCAGAGGGCUUAACACUCUGCACGCAUAAUCAAGCAUUCAUCAAGCAA